GGACGGCGGCGGCAGGCGCUGGAGACGGCGGCGGAGGAGGAGGAAGCGGCAGCCGCGGCGCAGGCCCACCUCAGCCCGCCCGCCAGAAAUGUCCUUCAAAGACUUGUGCAAAACACCGAGGGAGCUGUGAUGUCUGAAACUGCGUGGCAGGGCUGCUCUCUGAAGCGUUCUUUAGGUGCCAAAGACACAGUUGGACGCCGAGUGGGGCCAGACGAGCUGAUGCAGGUGCCCCGUCUGCAGACUGAGAUGGAUUGGCUGUGACAGCCUGCCACACCUGGAGGUGGGGGGAGAGUUAUGAUGAAGAGUUCCUGCCGAGCUGGCCUCCACAGGGAACUGCUGAAUUCCACGUCCUCCAUGUUCCACCAGGUCAAACGAAUAUCUGGCAUGCACUUAAAGCCAUAUCUCAAGCUGCAGAAGAAAGAGCGGCCUCUCGAAAUCAACCAGGAUCCCCCACAAAGCCCACCCAUGAGCCAACAGAGACUGGGAAAAGAAGAAAACCGUAGCGGCCCCAAGGCCAGUCUCUUAGCCAGCCCCUGUCUCCGGAGGCCACUGGGGAACCUCUCUGCCAACUCUCUCUGCUGCAGGAACGGCAGCUGCUCUCGCGUCGAAGGGCCAAGCGUGAAGGAGAAAAGGAGCGCCCUGCCUGCCACCAUCCACCAGGGGGAGGAUGGAGAGGGGCUGUUGGACAUCUGGGCAGUCGUGAAACCAGGAAAUACCAAGGAGAAGGUCGCCUUUUUCGCAGCCCAGCAGUGCAGCAGCAACAGGAUAUCCUCCAUGAAGAACAAAAGCACCUGGGACAUUGACGGGAGGGCGACCAAGCGCAGGAAAAAAUCACUGGACCUCAGGAAGGCGAAGAUCCACCUGGAAAGGCCGAGAGAAGCCAGCGGGAGGUGCUACCAGCCUGAGCCGUUUGCCUGCGGCAUUGAACACUGCUCUGUCCAUAAUGUGAGCGAUGGCGGGGAGGGGGGGUUCCCAGGGAGGCCUCUGUCCGUGAUCGAGAUGGUCGCUUUCUUGGAACAACGAGCCAGUGCGUUACUGGCCGACUGCACCAAAAACUGCCCCGGAGCCCCAGCUGUGACCAGGGUUCCAGGGCAGCCCAAAGUCGCGCCGCUGGCACCUGGCCCGUUUUCCACCUUAGGGGGCUGCGAGCCACACUCUGAAAAGGCAACGGGGGGGAGCAGUAGUGAUGGAGAGCAGCAGGCCGAGCCGGUGCGUGUGUCGGACAUGGUGGCAAAGCUUGAAUCGGAGUGCCUGAGACGGCAGAGCGAACGCGAGGCGGGAAGCCUCUCCCGAAACAACAGCUUCCGGCGGAACGUCGGACGGGUGCUCCUGGCAAGCGGAACACCAGCUGCGAAUGAAGCUGUCAAGGCGCCUUCUGGAGUUCUUAAUCAGGAAGAACGAGGCGGAGAUGACGACGGGUGGCGCUCAAAGCGUGGCUCUGCGGUAGCAGACGAUUCAUGGGAAGUUCCACCUGUUGGCCAGUCAUGUUCCUUUGCGACUGCUCUGGAGGAGAACUCCAAUCCUAAGCUCAAGCUGGCAUCUUCAGCGCCAUCUGGUGGCUGGUGUGAGACUAAAAAGAUCCCAACGCCGCUUCCCUCUACAUAUCCAGAAACCGCUCAGGCACACCCAUGUUCCUUACGUGGGGAAGAUCCAGCUGCUGGUUGUAUGCCUAAAGAACCAAGAGCUGCUCCUCAUCUGAAUUCACGUCUAAGGACAAAAGAGUCCUUAAGUAUUAGCAUCUCUGUCACGAAGACGGAUAAAGCAUGUCGAAAAGCGCACCCUUCCAACUCAAGCUUCGGGGAAGAUUCUCUUCCAGGGAGGUUAUUCCUACUGUUGUCCGAGCAUGAAACUCACCGCAAGCACCUCCGUACAGGAGAUGCUACCCUAGAAGAGCAUCAAGGGGACGCCCGUGGGAAGGAAGACCCUUCCACCGACACACCUUGUAUGCUAAACAGCAUUUUGGGAGACCCUCCAGAAUCUCCCACGGAAAGCGUUUUGCAGGCUCUUUACUCUUGCCAUUUGAAGAGGCAGAGGUCGCAUGACUUUCUGGAGACCAGGUUCAAGAUCCAGCAGCUGCUGGAGCCCCAGCAGUAUCUGGUCUUCCUCCCCCACCACAUCCUCGUGAAGAUCUUCGGCUUGCUGCCCACCCGGAGCCUAGUGGCCCUCAAAUGCACUUGCGGCUAUUUCAAAUUUAUCAUCGAGUACUACAACAUCAGGCCGGCGGAUUCCCGCUGGGUUCGUGAUCCCCGCUACCGGGAGGACCCUUGUAAGCAGUGCAAGAAAAAGUAUGUCAAAGGAGACGUCUCUCUCUGCCGGUGGCACCCAAAGCCCUAUUGCCAAGCUUUACCGUACGGACCCGGCUAUUGGAUGUGUUGCCACCGCUCCCAGAAGAACGUCCCCGGGUGCAAACUAGGCCUUCAUGACAACCAUUGGGUCCCUGCCUGCCACAGCUUUAACCGUGCUAUUCACAAGAAACCCAGGGAAACGGAAGAGGACUGUUAGCCCGUUCUGUGGCUUCGUUGGGAGCCUCGGUCCUGCGCGGGAGGAGGAUUUCACGCCUUGUGCUGUUUACACUGUACAUAGUUCGUGGGUGGUUUUUUUUUUCCUUCUGUCCCCCUUCCACAGGGCUUUGAAACUGCACAGACUUUAAAUCACAAGAGCCUUUUAGAGGAAAGAGCGCUCUCGGCCCACCUGUGUAAAUAACGCUCCAGAAUCUUGUCUCCGAGUGUCUCAGCAGCUGAUUGACCAACACAAAUUGCUACAACGCAGUGAUGAGUGUUGUGGCUACAGUCCCAUGUUUUAAAGUGUCUCGUUCUUGGAAAUCUGUAUAUCCUGUAUAAUAUAUACAUAUUAUAUAUAUAAAUAUAUAUUAAAAUGUUUCUGCAAAGAAACUCUAAAUAGGUAAAGGUGAAUCUUCAAAGAGAUGGUUUAACUGGACAACCUUAAAACUAGACUAGAACAAAUAUUUGCUGUUUCUUAGGGUGGCAGCUAAGAAAAGAGGAAUGUUAUCCUAUAGAAUGAGUUCUGAGGAAAGCUCUAGUCACCCAUGCCCACCUUAUCUGGUUCCCCCCCCUUUUUUUUUUUACUUAAAAUAAAACGUGCAUUCUCAA